UCACACUGAAAGCAAAGACACUGGGGGAUAAAAUACACUGUCGUCGCUCCUCUGAAGUACACGGAAUUUACCUGUUUUACACGGAUAUAUUCUCAUGCCAACAUCGGAUAUUUAUGAAGUACUGUACCGGUUUAUAUCCACUGUAGCUUGAGGAGAAUAAGGGAAGCAAUAAUGGAUCAGAAUCUAUUUGGUGGGGCCCCACGCUUUCUAACUCGACCCAAAGCCUUUCAGCUCAGUGUGGGGCGAGAUGCUUCCCUCAGCUCUACUAUCGUUGGAAACCCUGUACCCGUUGUCACCUGGGAGAAAGACAAACUCAUUCUUUCUGCAGGGGGACGCUUCAAGACAGUCGAGGAUGGCAACGUUUAUCGUCUCACCAUCUACGAUCUAACUCUGGAAGACAGUGGUCAGUAUAUGUGCCGUGCCAAGAACAAUGUCGGAGAGGCGUAUGCGGCUGUGACCCUGAAGGUAGGAUUGCCUCCAGCUGCCGUAGAUCGUGCUCCGGUGUUUACAGUGAAGCCCGUCUCCAGCCGAGUGGGUCUGGGGGGUGAUGUUACCUUCUAUUGCCGUGUUGCAGCACAUCCUCCACCAACCUAUGAUUGGGAGAAAGACGGCCGCUACCUGGGUGAGACCAACCGCAUCAAGAUCACCUCAGACAACGAAUCCAGCUCCAUGCGGAUCCAAAGUGUUCGGAGCAUGGACAGUGGAACGUACACCUGCCGUGUGCAGAACUCUGUCGGCCGUGCUCAAUCCGCCGCCGCUCUGGUAGUGGACAUGCAGGACACCCGUCUCCUCAACGCCGAUAAGAGCACCUCCCUCCUCUCACACAUGCAGAAGCGAAAAGAAGAGAUGCGGAAGGACAUCUCCAUCUACCGCACCAUGGAAAGCUCCUCCACCUCGCUUACAACCUUGUCCUCUAAGAUCACAGAAGAACUUGGCAGCUUGAGGCUUGCCUAUGAUCAUGAGCAGAGGGUUUCGGCCCUGGCGAGCAUGUUGCCUAAAGGUGUGUUUACCCGCACCUGUACGGUGACCGAAGGUAAACACGCAAAGCUCAGCUGUUUUGUCACAGGUCAUCCGAAACCACAUAUUAUCUGGCGGAAGGAUGGGACAAACAUCAGCGAAGGCCGCAGACAUGUUAUGUAUGAGGAUCAGGCAGAGAAUUUCAUCCUCAAGGUGCUGUACUGCAAGCAGAGUGAUAAUGGGCUGUACACCUGCAAUGCAUCUAACAUGGCGGGACAGACCUACAGCGCUGUACUGGUGAUUGUCAAAGAGCCAAAGAUUCCGUUCAAGAGGAAGUUGCAGGAUGUCGAGGUGAAGGAAAAGGAAACGGCAACUUUGCAAUGUGAGGUACCAAUGUCGAACACCCAAGCCAGCUGGUACAUGGAAGAGACUCGUCUAGAACAAAACGCUAAGUACCGCCUGGAUCAGGAGGGUACUUUACGUCGCCUCACAAUUCACAACGUUACCACCAACGAUGAUGCCGUCUAUAUCUGCGAGAUGAAGGAGGGCAGUCGCACCGUUGCAGAACUUAUAGUUUUGGGGAACAUCACUAAAAAGCUGCCUAGGAAGACAGUGGUGCCGGUUAGCGAUACAGUGAUCUUCUGCGUUGAACUUGAGCAACCAGUAGAUGAUGCAUAUUGGACCAGGAAUGGGGAGAGGCUAAAAGAGAACUCCCGAAUUAUAAUCGCCUGCAUAAACAGACAGUACACCCUAACGAUUCGUGAAUGUACCGCAGAGGACUCAGGUGAGGUGGCCUUCAUCGCCCAUGACUGCAAGACGUCCACUCGCUUCUCUGUUACUGCACCGAGGAAACAUCCACCAGAUCCCCCAGUUGAACCGACGGUGCGGAACAAGACAGAUUCAUCUAUCACGCUAUGCUGGUCCCCACCAGAUAGUGACCGGCCUGUCCCCAUCACUGGUUACAUUGUGGAGCGUAGGAAGGUGGGAGUUCAAACCUGGGUUAAAGUAACCAGUAUGACAGUGUCUAGUACUGAAUACACCAUUAACGAAAUCUCUGAGGAGGCAAGUUUUCAAUUCCGUAUCUCAGCAGUCAACGAUUUCGGUCAGAGUGCCUACUUGGAGAUUCCUGGAACGUUCUACCUUGAGCCCACAGCGUCAGUGAAGACAGGUCUUGUAAGCUGUAGUGCACAUGCAGGUGAAGAAGCCACCUUCACUGUUGAGCUGUCAGCUGUAUGUUCUGGCUCCUGGACCAUAAAUGACCGAAUGAUCUGUAGUGGAUCUGAAUACCUGAUCACACGCUCAAAGACAACACACACACUGGUUAUCAGGGAGGUGUCCAUGGCACUGGAUGGGGCACAGGUCAAAUUUGUGGGUGGUGGAUCUCAGAGUGUUGGCACGCUACAUGUUAAAGCUCCGGCAGCACGUUUCACCAAUAAGUCUUCUCAGGCGGAGGUGUUUACCUUCAGUGCACAUUCCUCUGCACAGAUCUACACAGAAGUGUCCGAUUCUAGUGUGCAGGUCAUCUGGAUGAAGAAUGGGAAGGAGCUGAGGAUGGGUAAAAAAUAUGAAGCCACAAGUGUAGACCGCAAACGCAUACUAACAGUCCACAACGUUACCCAUGAAGAUGUGGGCGUCUACGAAUGCAUGUGUGAUGGUGAUAAAAUGUCUGUUCAACUUGCCCUCAAAGAAGAACCAGCUAAGUUUGUUAACACGCCGAGGGCCCAGCCCCAGGAGAGCGAAGCCCUGAUGGGUGACGUGGUGUUGAGCUGUGAGGUUGCUUCUACUGGAACCACUGUUGUGUGGAAGAAAGACCAGAAAGAAAUAACUGAGGACAAGAGGACAACCUUUGUCUCUCAGGGGACGCAAAGAAAGCUUGUCAUCAAGGGUGCCAAGCAGAGCGAUGAAGGACGCUACUCAUGUGAAACGCCAGAGGACAAGAUGACAUUCCUGGUCAAGAUAAAAGAAACUCAGGCUGCUUUUUCAAACAAAGACUCUUAUCAGAAGGAAGUGAGGAUUUCAACCUCCCAGAAAGCCACACUGAGCUGUGAAGUUUCUGACUCCAAGACCGAGGUGAAAUGGUUCAAGGAUGGCAAGCAGUUGAGCUCCAGUAAGAGUGUCCACAUGGAAUCAAAGGGUAAGAGCCGUCAGCUGGUGCUGGAGAACGUGGAGAAAAAGUAUGCCGGAGAGUACACCUGUGAAGCUGGAAAUGAAAAGCUGGUCUUUAAGAUUCACGUGGAAGACAUUCAAGUGGCUUUCUCCAACAAGGACAGCUAUCAGAAGGAAGUCAAAGUAACUGCUUCCCAGAAAGCCACACUGAGCUGUGACGUUUCUGACUCCAAGACUGAGGUGAAAUGGUUUAAGGAUGGCAAGCAGCUGAGCUCCAGUAAGAGUGUCCACAUGGAGUCAAAGGACAAGAGCCGUCAGCUGGUGCUGGAGAACGUGGAGAAGAAAGAUGCUGGAGAGUACACCUGUGAAGCUGGAAAUGAGAAGCUAGUCUAUAAGAUUCAGGUGUCAGACAUUCAAGCUGCAUUCGCAAAUAGAGACUCUUAUACAAAGGACAUCAAAGUUUCAACCUCCCAGAAAGCCACACUGAGCUGUGAAGUUUCUGACUCCAAGACUGAGGUGAAAUGGUUUAAGGAUGGCAAGCAGCUGAGCUCCAGUAAGAGUGUCCACAUGGAGUCAAAGGACAAGAGCCGUCAGCUGGUGCUGGAGAACGUGGAGAAGAAAGAUGCUGGAGAGUACACCUGUGAAGCUGGAAAUGAGAAGCUAGUCUAUAAGAUUCAGGUGUCAGACAUUCAAGCUGCCUUCGCAAAUAAAGACUCCUAUACAAAGGACAUCAAAGUUUCAACCUCCCAGAAAGCCACACUGAGCUGUGAAGUUUCUGACUCCAAGACUGAGGUGAAAUGGUUUAAGGAUGGCAAGCAGUUGAGCUCCGGUAAGAGUGUCCACAUGGAAUCAAAGAGCAAGAGCCGUCAGCUGGUGCUGGAGAAUGUGGAGAAGAAAAAUGCCGGAGAGUACACCUGUGAAGCUGGAAAUGAGAAGCUAGUCUAUAAGAUUCAGGUGUCAGACAUUCAAGCUGCCUUCGCAAAUAAAGACUCCUAUACAAAGGACAUCAAAGUUUCAACCUCCCAGAAAGCCACACUGAGCUGUGAAGUUUCUGACUCCAAGACUGAGGUGAAAUGGUUUAAGGAUGGCAAGCAGUUGAGCUCCGGUAAGAGUGUCCACAUGGAAUCAAAGAGCAAGAGCCGUCAGCUUGUGCUGGAGAACGUGGAGAAGAAACAUGCCGGAGAGUACACCUGUGAAGCUGGAAAUGAGAAGCUGGUCUUCAAGAUUCAGGUUACAGAGCCAAAAGCUGUCUUUACCAACAAGGACACCUGUCAGAAGGAAGUCAAAGUAUCUGCUUCCCAGAAAACCACACUGAGCUGUGAAGUUUCUGACUCCACAACUGAGGUAAAAUGGUUCAAGGAUGGCAAGCAGUUGAGCUCCAGUAAGACUUUCCACAUGGAGUCAAAGGGCAAGAGCCGUCAGCUUGUGCUUGACAAAGUGGAGAUGAAAGAUGCUGGAGAGUACACUUGUAAAGCUGGAAAUGAGAAGCUGUUCUUUAAAAUUCAGGUGGAAGAUAUCACUGCCAGAUUCCAGAAGACAUCAGUGACAAAGGAAACAUUGGUGGUUGAGACAACAGAGAAGGUCGUUUUGAAAACUGAGGUGACUUCUGAGAGUUGCAAUGUUAAGUGGUUCAGGGAUGGUGUGGAACUGAAAGAAGGAUCAAAAUAUGAGAUGAAACAAGAAGGUCGCUCACGGAUCCUUUUUGUGAAGUCCUCUGAAUCCAAAGACAGCGGCAUUUACUCAUGCCAGACAGCUGAUGACAAGCUGGAGUUCAAAGUCCAGGUCAAAGAGACACCUUUGAAGUUUGUUGUGCCAUUGCAGCCAGUGUCUGCAGUAUUAGAAAGCACCAUGACCCUUUCCUGCAGUCUUAACAAAGCUACAGGUAACGUCCUUUGGAGGCAUAACGGCAAGGAAAUCAAACCAGGUGACAGGCACAGCGUCCGUACUGAUGGCACCAACUGCAUCUUGACUGUGUUUCAUGUGGCUCAGGCGGAUGAAGGAGAUUACAGCUGUGAAUGCAAAGAUGACAAAACCUCCACCAAAGUUACCACAAAAGCCCCACGUCUAGUGAGAUUCACUAGCAAGCUAAACAAUAUUGUUGCGAAUGAAGGCAAAGACGCCAUCUUCAAAUGCUCUAUCACACCUCCCGAUGCGUGUGUCAGAUGGCUGCGAAAUGAUGUUCCCAUAACAGCCAGUCCUAAAUUUAAGAUCGCUCAAGGAGGCGGCAGUCACUCCCUUACCAUUACAGCUGUCACUCAGGAGGACGCAGGAGAGAUCAGUAUUGAUGCAGAAGGCAAAGUGUGCAAAGCCACACUGCAAGUACAACAGCUUCCUGUGACCUUCAAGAAGAAGCUUGCAGAUGCUGCUGUUCAGGAGCAAGACACAGUUCGGUUGGAAGUAGAGCUCAGUAAACACUCUACAGAGGUGAAGUGGAUGAAGAAUGGUGUGGUACUGCAACCAGGUGGGAAUCUGGAAAUCCAUGUAGAUGGUGUCAAGCAGACUCUGAUCCUCAAGAGUGUGACAUAUGGUGACAGAGGCCACUACUCCUGCGAAACCCUGGAUGAUAAGACCCAGGCCAAACUGACAGUAGAGAUAAAGAAGAUUAAAGUGGUUAAAGGUCUGAAAGAGAUGAAAGUACAAGAAAAAGAGACUGUCACAAUGGAGGUGGAGCUCAGCAAGGCUGAUGUAGAAGGUUCCUGGAGCAAAGAUGGCAAGAAACUGAAGGCAGCACCCAAUGUCCUUAUUACAGCAUUGGGCAACAAGCACUGCCUGACUAUGUACCAGCUGAAGCUUAGUGAUGGCGGAACUUUCACUUUUCAGGCUGAGGAUGUUCAUACUUCGUGCAAACUCAUUAUCACAGAACCUCCAGCAAAGAUCCUCAAACCUCUUCGAGACAUCAGUUGUCCUGAAAAGGAGAAAGUCACUUUCGAAUGUGAGGUGUCAAGAGCAAAUGCUGAUGUUAAAUGGUUUAAGGGUGAUGAGGAACUGAAGCCAGGAAAGAAAUUUAGCAUCCAUUCCCAGGGCAACAAACACAGUCUACUUAUCCACACAUGUACCUAUGAGGACCAGGGUCAAUAUAUAUGUAAAACAACAGAUGACAACACUUCAGCCAAGCUCACUGUUCAUGCUCGAGAUAUUAAGAUUGUGAAGCCACUUCAGGAUUUGGAGGUGACAGAGAAGGAGAGUGCAACAUUUGUUUGUGAGAUCAACCACGAUGAGGUAGAGGCUCAAUGGCACAAAGGGGACACAAAGCUCAAACCUGGAGACAACAUAAAAAUCAGGCAGGAGGGUAGAACACACAUUCUGCUCUUCAAAUCAGUAAAGGCAGAGGAUGCAGGCGAAGUCAAGUUCACGGCAGAGAAGGCAUCAUCAACUGCUAAACUGAAGGUUAAAGAGCUGCCUGUGAGAUUUGUGAAGAAACUGAGGGACAAAAUCGCCAUGUACAAACACAGAGCGCACUUAGAGUGUCAGGUGUCCCGGGCCAGUGCUAAAGUUACAUGGUACAAGAACAAGACUGAGAUUAAACCUAGCAAGAAGCAUGAGAUUUCCAGUGAGGACAUCUACAGGAAGCUCACCAUCACUGACGUGGACUCAGAAGAUGAGGAUACAUACGUGUGUGACGCCAUUGAUGAUAAGACAUCAAGUCAGCUACUUGUAGAGGAGCAGGCUAUCAGCAUAGUACGAGAGCUUAGCUCUGUGGAGGUGACAGAGCCAUUUGCUGCCCACUUCGAGGUGGAAGUGAGUGUGGAGACAGUUAAGGCAGUAAAGUGGAUGCUAAACAGGGAACAGCUAAAGGAGAGUGCGGAUAUUGAGAUGGAGAAAGAGGGAACCAUGCAUCGCCUUACUUUUAAGAAGACCAAAGCCUCCAUGUCAGGCCCUGUCCAGUUCACUGCUGGAAAAAGCAAAUCUACAGCUGAGCUCAAAGUAAAAGAGCGUCCCAUUGAAGUUCUGGAACCGCUUAAAGAUGUGACAGCCAAGGAGAAAACUUCCAUUACAAUGUGCUGCAAGUUUUCUGCCCCACCAAAAGAAGUACAAUGGUUUGAGGGUCAGACUGCUUUGAAAGCUUCUAGCAAGUACAGCAUGAGGCAAAAGGACGCCAACGUGCAGUUGACUAUCCAGACCUUGAGUGCAGAGGACUCUGGGGAGUAUCGCUGUCAAGUUGGGGUCUGUGAGAGCAAAGCCAAUCUCAAAGUAGAAGUGCGUAAAAUCCAGAUCACAAAACAUCUAGCAGACUUGGAGGUAGAUGAAGAUGGUGAUGCUGUGUUCACCUGUGAAGUCAACUAUCCAGACGAAGAGGUCCAGUGGAUGCUCAAUGACAAACCACUCUUCAACAAUGAGGUCAAUUCCAUCACUCAUGUGGAUAAGACCCAUACCCUCACUCUCAAGAACCUGGCACCUGAGGAUGGUGGGAAGGUCAACUUUAGUAUAAGAGAUGUGAAAGAAACAGCCGUCCUGAAGGUUAAAGAGAAGAAAGCUGUAUUCCUGAAGUUGCUGGAUGAUGUGGUUGCAGAGGAGAAGGGCACAGUUACUCUUAAGUGUGAAGCCUCAAAACCCAGGGUUAGCCCGGUGUGGCGCAAGGAUGGUACUGUCUUAGUAGCAGGGAAAAAGUAUGAGCUCCUCCAUGAUGGCAAAUCUUUGGGAUUGACUGUCCAUGACAUCACACAAGGUGAUGCUGGAGAGUACAGUUGUGAUCUUGGCACGGAUCUUACAAAGUCUAAAGUCACUGUUAGAGAUAUUCAAGUUGGAAUCACCAAGCGUCUUAAGUCAGUAGAGGCCAAAGCAGGUGAAAACUGCACAUUUGAGUGUAUAUUGUCCAGGGAAAGCUCAGAGAAGUGUAUCUGGAGUCUACAAGGCCAGCCUAUCACUGACGGUGGACGAUUCCAAAUAAGCAGCAAAGGGCGUAAGUACACAUUAACAAUCAAAAGAGUCUCAGCGUCUGACUCUGGUGAGGUGGUCUUCUCUCUCAAGGACCUGAGCUCAAAGGCAACUCUUGCUGUUGAAGGUGAAGCUCCAACAAUUUCCAAAGAGCUUCAAGGUAUCAGUGCCACAGCUGGUGAGCAUGCCACCUUCUCCUGUGAACUUUCUCAACCUGGACUGGAGGUCAAGUGGUCCAAGGAUGGCAAGUCUAUCAGGAAGAGCCAGAAAUAUGAGAUCAUCCAGGAGCAGACACUCGUAAAUCUGACUGUCCGCAGUGUCAAUGAAAAAGAUUCUGGAGAAUACAGCUGUGAGGUCACUGGUGGUCCAACCUCAAAGGCAAAACUGGAGAUCAAAGAACUGGCCAACAAAUUCAUUUGUGAGCUAAAAGACAUUACAGCGGAAGAGAAAGGUGCCAUCUCCUUUGAAUGUGAGACUGCCCACCCUGCCUCUAAAGUCACCUGGCUGAAAGGAAAGAAGGAGAUCACAGCAGGAGGAAGGUAUGAGUUGACACAGAAAGGAACAGUCCUCAUACUGAAAGUUAAGGAUCUGGAGAAGAGUGACAGUGAAGUAUACACUUGCGAUAUUGGCUCUGCGAAGAGUACAGCAAAGUUGAUGGUGAAAGUGGUACCUGCGAAGUUCAAAGAGCAGCUGAAGAACCAGCAGGUUACAGAGGGUGGGAAAGUCUUGCUUUCCUGUGUCCUCUUAAAACCUGGCUGCCAAGUGCAGUGGAAGAAGGGGGCUGAAAUCCUUAAAUCUGGUGGAAGAUAUCAAAUAACUCAGAGGGAUACCGUGUUUGAGCUAGAGAUUUUAAAUUUAGUGGUUGAGGACACUGGAGAAUAUGUCUGUGAAUGUGGAAAUGAGAGGACAACAGCAACAGUCGUUGUCAAUGCAUUACCAGUGAUCUUCAAACAUGAGCUACAGAGCCAAGAGUGUGAAGAAGGAGACAGUGUUACUCUUCAAUGUGAACUCUCCAAACCUGACAUUCCUGUGGUAUGGAGAAAAGGAACACAGGUGAUCCAUUCUGGAGAAAAGUACUCCAUCAAAAAAGAUGGAGCAACUGUUGAGCUGAAGAUUGCUGAUCUCAAGCCUGAAGAUGCUGGACAAUACACUUGUUUGUGUGGCGACAAUAAGACAACAGCAAAUAUCAAGCUCAAGGCAUCACCACUGAUCUUCAAACAUGAACUACAGAACCAGGAAUGUCAAGAAGGACAAAGUUUUACUCUUCAGUGUGAACUCUCUAAACCUGGAGUUCCUGUGGUUUGGAGGAAAGGAACACAUGUGAUCCAUUCUGGAGAAAAGUACCACAUCUGCCAAGUUGGAUCUACACUUGAGCUGAAGAUCUCUGAUCUCAAACCUGAAGAUGCUGGAGUCUACAGUUGUGAUUGUGGAUUUAACAAGACCUCAUCUACCAUUACUGUCAAUGAAUUGCCUGUGGUCUUCACACAUGAGCUACAAAACCUGCAGUGUGAUGAGGGCGGUAGUGGUACCCUGUCCUGUGAAGUUUCCAAACCUGGUGUCCCUGUGCUGUGGAAGAAAGGAAGUCAGGUCAUCCAGUCUGGAGGAAGGUACAUGAUCAAGCAGACUGCAUCAAAGGUGGAGCUGAAGAUCACUGAUCUGAAACCUGAAGAUGGUGGAGAAUACACAUGUGUAUGUGGCGUUAAGAAAACCACAGCCAAUAUGAAGAUCAAGGCUUUGCACAAGCCAGGACUUCAAAAACAAGCCACUGAAAAGGAAGCUUCAGUCAAUGUUCCAAAGUUCCUCACUUCAUCCGCUGCCUCUGAAACAGAUGUCCAGAAACCGAAGAGAGACAAUCAGGAACAACUCAGUGCUCGCCCAGUUCAGUUUAUGCAAGAACUCCUCAACCAAACAUGUGAUGAAGGAGGCAGUGUUACUUUGCACUGUGAACUCUCAAAACCUGGAGUUCCGGUGGUAUGGAGGAAAGGAACACAGGUGAUCCAUUCUGGUGGAAAGUAUGUCGUCAAGCAAGUUGGGUCUACUGUUGAGCUGAAGAUCACAGAUCUCAAACCUGAAGAUGCUGGAGACUACGUUUGUGAUUGUGGAGACAACACCACCAAAGCUAACAUCAAAGUCAAUGCAUUACCAGUGAUCUUCAAGCGUGAGCUACAGAACCAGGAGUGUCAAGAGGAGGACAGUGUUACUCUUGAGUGUGAACUUUCAAAACCCCGAGUUCCUGUGGUAUGGAGGAAAGGAACGCAGGUGAUCCAUUCAGGAGGAAAGUAUGUCAUCAAGCAAGUUGGGUCUACUGCUGAGCUGAAGAUCACAGAUCUCAAACCUGAAGAUUCUGGAGACUAUGCCUGUGAUUGUGGAGACGACGUCACUACAGCUAAAAUCAAAGUCAAUGCAUUACCCGUAAUCUUCAAGCGUGAGCUACAGAACCAGGAGUUUCAGGAGGGAGACAGUGUCACUCUGCACUGUGAACUCUCAAAACCUGGAGUUCCGGUGGUAUGGAGGAAAGGAACACAGGUGAUCCAUUCUCGUGGAAAGUAUGUCAUCAAGCAAGAUGGGUCUACUGUUGAGCUGAAGAUCACAGAUCUCAAACCUGAAGAUGCUGGAGACUAUGCCUGUGAUUGUGGAGACAGCGUCACAACUGCCAACAUAAAGGUUAAUGGUAGGAGAUGGGAUUUCUUCAGAUUUCAAGAAUUUCUCAUGUCUACAAAUGGAAGUAAAUCUAUGACAUCUGAAUCAAUCUUUAAAUUGGUAGCUCUUCCAGCCAUUUUCACACAAGACCUGAAGAAUCAGAUUGUCGUCGAGGGGGAAAGCAUCAUCUUCCAUUGCAAGCUCUCCAAAACAAACAUUCCUGUGGAGUGGCGAAGGGGUGAAAUUGGUCUUUGUCCGUGUGCAAAAUAUGAGUUCAAACAAGACGACCACCAUGUCCAGCUGGUCAUACAUGACCUUGAUCCUGAUGACUCUGGUGACUAUAUUUGUGACAGUGGAGAUCAACAAACCACUGCACAUUUGGAAGUUAAGGCACUUCCAGUUCUUUUCAAAAUGGCUCUGCACAAUCUGGAAACUGAGGCUGAGGAAAAUGCAGUUUUCAGAUGUGAAUUUACCAAACCUGGAGCCAAAGUCACCUGGAGGAAAAACAAUAAUGUUGUAGAAUCAAGCAGCAAAUAUGAACUCAAGCAGGAUGGGGUAGUGGCUGUUCUUAUUAUCUACAAACUGCAGAGAGGAGACUCUGGAGAGUACUCCUGUGAGACAGAACAUGAUCGGACGUCUGCCAAGCUCACUGUGAAUGAACCCGAAGAUGUGAUCGUAACUGGUCUGAAGAGCUGCAUUGUCAAUGAAUGUGAUGAUGUCCAUUUUGAAUGUAUCGUCUCUCAUGACAAUGCACCUGGUGUUCAGUGGACGCUUCAAGACGUCCCGCUUCAGAACAAUGAAAUGAAUGAAAUCCGAACAGAGGGCAAAAGACACACACUCACACUAAGAAGUGUCACCCAGAAGGACUCGGGAACAGUGUCCUUCCAUGUUGGUGGUCACACUUCUUUCGCUUGUCUUACAGUCAAAGCAGUCCCAGUGCAAUCAUUCAUGAAGGAUUUGACAUGCCCAGAAGUCACAGAAGGAGACAAUGCCUCAUUAUGUUGUGAGACCUCAAUCCCAGAUGCAAAUGUGACCUGGAAGAAGGGAACACAGGUCCUAACAGAAGGAACGAAGUAUUCCAUAAAGAGGGAAGGCACAAUUCAAACAUUGGUGGUUCAUAAGCUAUCAGUAGAAGAUGGUGGAGAGUACAUAUGUGAAGCAGGAGACAAACAAAGCAAAGCCACAUUGACCGUCAAAGAAUGUGUAAAAAUCACACGAGAAUUAAAGGAUGUUACUGUGAUAACGGGUGAGGACGCUACCUUCCGGUGUGAAGUAUCCCAUUCAGGGUUUACUAAUGUCGAGUGGUGGCUCGGCUCCAACCCCCUUCAAAACAAUGACUUGAAUCAGAUCAGCUGCAGAGGGAGGGAACACAGCCUUGUGCUGAAAAUGGUCACACCAGAUGAUUCAGGUGAUGUAGCUUUUGUGGUUGGCCAAGAGAGGAGCAUCGCCUACUUGAUGGUGCAGGAGAAACCCAAAGUUGUAUUCUUAGAGAAGCCUCUGGACAUAACUGCCAAAGAGGGUCAAACAGUCACACUAUCCUGCAUGACCUCCGACCCUGAGGCCUCUGUCACCUGGCACAGAGAUGAGGAGAUGAUAAAGGCAGGGGGCAGAUAUCUGCUCUACAAGGAUAGAGCUGUCCAUCAACUCCGCAUCCUUAGGGUGGAGGAAGGGGAUGCAGGGCUGUAUACUUGCAAAACCAAAGAUGCAGAAAGCUGUGCCACCCUUACUGUAAAAGGACAGCCUCCAUUCUUCCUCAAAGAAUUAGAGAACCAAAAAGCAACAGAGGGAGAUAGCAUUGCCUUGCGCUGCGAGCUCUCUAAACCGAGUAUAAAAGUAGAGUGGAGAAAGGGUGGAGUGGUGCUCCAACCCAGUAAGAAAUAUCAGAUGAAACAGGAAGGAUGUGUACAGGAGCUUCAUGUUCAUGAUCUGGAACCAGAGGACAAUGGCUACUACACAUGUGAUGCUGGAGACCAGUUGACCACAGCAUCAAUCACAGUCCAAGAGACUGAGGUCCUCAUAGUGUCGGGUUUAAAGAAUACAGAUGUGUUUGUGGGAGAACGGGCCAUUUUCUCCUGCCAGCUCUCUCGCAGCGCAAAAGGCAGAGUUCAAUGGUGGCUAGAUGGCACUCGUUUGGAGAACAGUACCUUCAGUGAGAUAAGUGUAGGUGAAAACCAUGUCCACACCCUCACCCUACGGAACCCUUCUCCCAAUGACUCAGGAACGGUCCUGUUCAAAACGGGUGCCCUGACAUCCUCUGCCAAGCUCUCAGUGAAAGAUCCCAAUGUGGAGGUGGUCAGUGCCAUGGAGGACCAACAUGUAGCAGAGAACCAGCCUGCAGAGUUCAUCUGUCAGUACUCACGGCCAGUCAAGGCUGUAUGGAAGCAAAAUGGCAUACCUGUACAAGCAGAUGGUCACAGGGUAAUAGUGGAAAAGGAUUGGACUGUUGCAAGGUUGUACAUUAGCUGUGUGGAACCCCAGGAUGGGGGGAUUUACUCCUGUGAGGCAGAAGGGACUUCUGUUGUGGCACACCUAAGGGUGCAAGCCAAACCCAUUGACAUCGUCCAAGAACUGAGUAACAUGGAAACCAUUAAUAGCGGGGAAGCACUUUUUGAAUGUGCCCUGUCUCGCCCUGAAACCAAAGACUGCCGGUGGUUACUCAAUGACAUGCCUCUGAAAGAGUCUGCAAAUGUGGAGAUAGUUUCCUUUGAGAGUGGUCGACGCCACCUUCUGCUUUUAAAAGACUUGCAUCCUUGAGAAAACACAAGGGUUACAUUCCAAGCUGGCACAGCAUCAACUACUGCCCUUCUGUCUGUCAAAGCCUGGCAACUGGAGGUGGUCAAGCCUUUAGAGGAUAAGACCGUCAUUGCAGGAGAGACAGUGGAGUUCACUUGUGUUCUGAAUGAAGCUGUGCCGGAGAGUGAAGUGACCUGGUAUGCUAACAGUGUUGAACUUCAACGUGAUGAAAACUGGACCAUGAGAGCCAGCGGCUGUUCAUACAGCCUCAUAUUGAAAAAAGCGAGAGCUCAGCCCACACAGGAAAUUACUUUUGCAGCUCGGGAUGCCUUAUCAAUGGCCAAACUCAUUACACUUUCUGUGCCUGAUCCCCCUGAAGAUCCAGAGAUGGUCAGUAAAGGCCCAACUUUCGUCACGCUUUCUUGGUUCACACCGCUUAAUGAUGGAGGAAGCACAGUCCUGGGUUACCAAGUAGAGAUGCGUCUUGUGGAUAGUGUCCUCUGGCUGCCCUGCCAUACAGAACUAGUGUGUAACACUGAAUUUUUGGUUGAGAAUCUCAUUCCUGGGGCAGGUUACAGGUUCCGUGUUGCAGCCAUUAAUCGUGCUGGCAUUGGCGAGCCUGUCCAGUUACCUCAAACCAUAACGCUAGAUGCACCAGUGACCAUUAGCAACAUGUUAAGCAGCUCUGAGCUCCAAAAAGGAAAGAUGAUUCGUUUGGAAUGUGAACUUUCUUCAGAAAGCAAACAAGUCACAUGGCUCAAGGACAACCGUGAGAUAGAGGUUGGGGUGAAGUACCAAGUAGUUACAGAGGGUAAGAGCCAGGUUUUGCUCAUCAAGGACUUCCAGUCUGCAGACCAGGGUGUCUAUUCUUGUGUGGCCUCCGAGGAUUCAAAGACAUCAAUUAAUUUAAACAUUGAAGGAGACGACACAACACUUUCUCAGGAUACUGGUACCCAGCCCAAACUUCCUGUUGAGGCUGCCUCUGAGGGAGACUUGCACGCUUUGUGGGAGGCAGUGGCCAAGAAGCGAAGAAUGAGCCGAGAGCCCACAUUGGAUUCCAUUUCAGAGUUGCCAGAAGAAGAUGGAAAAGAAAAGGCACAAAGCAGAGAGGGUAAAGUACCUUCAAAGGAAGUAAAAGAGAAGGAGGGACCUGUUGAAGCAACUUCCAAAAUCACAGCGGAGCCUAAUCUCUACACCAGUUCUGAUGAAGAAUCUCUCAGUGGGACAAGCCUAGUCUCUUACCUAAAGAAAAGCACCAAGUCCUCUGUAACUGUGGAAGGUAUGGCUGAGACCAUUGCCUCCAAGAAACUGUAUGAGCACAUCCAGAUGACUGAGCAGUCAGUUACACAGACAGCUGUGGAGCCCCUCAUGGAGGCUAACGAAGGGGAUGAGUUGCUGGAGGCUGCUGUCAAGAUUCAAGCAGCCUUUAAGGGUUAUAAAGCUAGGAAGGACAUGCGACCAGUCUUCAAAGAAGUAUUCAAGGAUCAGACUAAAGAGCCCAAUGGGACAAUUCAUCUAGAGUGCAUUGUGGAAGGAAAGCCAGACAAAGUUCGCUGGCUGAAAGAUGGUGAACCCCUAACAGAUGGCAAGCACUACCAUAUAGACAUCUAUAAUGAUGGCACCUGCUCUCUAGUAGUGACAGCUGCCACAACCAAAGACACAGGUGUCUAUACUUGUGAAGUGACCAAUAAGUUUGGCGUUACAACACAUAGUGGUAAAGUCACUAUAGGGUCACUGAGAGAAUCUUCUGGGCGACGGCCACUUACCCUGGGAUACAGUGCAGAUAGUGAAGCUGAGAGCUCCUCAGGAAGCGAGAUGGAUGAGACUUUACGUCAGGCGAGCAAAAGAUUACGACGACUUCUGCGUACUCGCCUUCCUCCAGAUGUGGAAGAGGAACCUUUCAUAAGUGCUGAUGAAGGAGAUUUACCGCCACCAGAUCUACAGUCAUACCGGGAGGAUGAUCUGCACAUCUACAUUCGCUUUGAUAACCGUGGUGAAGCUCAAGUGGCUUCUCAGCGCUUCCAGGAAAUGUUUACUUAUCAAGGAGCGCCCAUCGAAACCGCCAUAAUAGAAGCGGGUGCUAAGGUAGAGUUGCGGAUCACAAAAAUAGGCUUAGGCUUCUCCCAAGACGGCUGCCAAACCCCAACUCAGGAAAGACCUGCUUUCAUGACUGGACCCCCAGCGGCCCCUGUCUUUCUCACGGAGCUCCGCAGCCAGGAUGUUCCUGACGGAUUUCCAGUCAGCUUUGAUUGUGUGAUCACUGCCAACCCCCCUCCUAUUGUGCGAUGGUUCAAGGAUGGAAAGCUGUUGGAGGAGAAUGACCACUACAUGAUCAAUGAAGAUCUGGAGGGCCGCCACCAGCUGAUCAUUACAGCUGUGCUCCCCACAGACAUGGGAGUGUACCGGUGCAUGGCUGAAAAUGACAGUGGCAUCGCCUCCAGCAGGGCUGAGCUGAGGGUGGACAUGUCAUGCAGCUCAGAUUAUGACACAGCAGCUGAUGCCACAGAGACAUCGUCCUAUGUCAGUGCCAAGGGUUAUAUGUCUAGUUCAGAGCACAGGACGGACACAGAAGCCUUCGAGUCAGUGGCGGAGGAUGAGCAACUUCCUCAGGUUGUGGACGAGUUACAUGAUCUUUUCCUCAGUCCUGGAGCACCAAUUGCCAAGUUGAGUGUUAAGGUCAAAGGAUUUCCCACUCCAAGGUUGUAUUGGUUUAAAGACGGCACCCCACUUCAAGCCUCGAGCAGAAUUUUAUUGUCGACCAAACGUGAUCAGCAUAGUCUUGAGAUUUUGGAUGUUAACCGCGAGGACACUGGAGAGUACUCUGUGUACAUUAGUAACAUUGCUGGCUCCGCCUACUCUUCAGCGCGACUGAAUGUACUGGGUCCUGGAGAGCGCCCAGCACCUGAACAGGGAAGAAUGAGAGAUUCAAAGGUGCCACUUGUGCCACCCCGCUUCCUAGAGAGGUUUAGCAACAAGAAGGUGAAACAAGGAGCAAGUAUAACGCUGUCAGUCAAAGUGGAAGGUUCCCCGACCCCAUCUGUGAACUGGUUAAAGGAGGUGUCAGAGAAGGAUGUUUUGUGGAUCAAGGCAGACACACCAGGUUAUAAAGUGGCCAGUUCUGGCUGUCAGCAUAGUCUAAUCCUCAUGGAAGUGGGAAAGGAACACAGAGGCAUGUACACCUGCAUCGCCACCAACCGUGCUGGACAGUCGGUCAACACGGCCCGACUAGACGUGGAGCUUGCACCAGAACAAAAGGGAAAAGUGGGAGCAGACAUUCUUGGAAUUACUAUCAGCCCACCUGAAGAAGAGGGUAAAGGAGAGAUCAAAAUACCCUACCUGGGUAAAGUGGGUACAGAGGAAUUUCUACAAAAGCUCACAACCCAAAUCACAGAAAUGGUAUCGGCCAAGAUCACUCAAGCUUCAUUACGUGUCCCAGGAGCCGACAGCGACGAUGAAACCAAAACGCCUUCCGCAUCUCCAUACCACGGUCGGUCACGGCCCGCUUCUCUGAUCGCAGACUCUUCAUCCGAGUCAGAUGAGGGAGAUGCCAGAGGAGAGAUGUUUGAUAUCUAUGUGGUGACUGCUGAUUACAACCCUAUUGGGGUCAGUAAAGAGACCAUCUCUCUGAAGGAGGGCCAGUAUGUCGAGGUUUUGGACUCUGCUCACCCCCUUAAAUGGCUGGUUCGCACCAAACCCACCAAAUCCACCCCGUCUCGGCAGGGAUGGGUGUCUCCUGCAUAUCUCGACAAAAGGCUGAAGCUAUCUGCAGAUGCAACAGACCUCCCAGAAACCACCAGAGAGGAACUCACCGAAACAGAAUACAAAAAGAAACUCUGUCAACUCAUCCAGGAUCUGAUCAGCACAGAGUCUGAGUUUCUGAAGGAGAUGGAGUUUGUCAUGUCAAAUCAUCUGAAGCGUGUUGGCGAGGAGGGCACAUCACCUCAUAUCACCAGCCACAAGGAAACCAUCUUUCGUAACAUCAGCGAUUUGAAGAUUUUCCAUAGCAGCUCUUUGUUGCCUGGUCUGCGCGAGUGCGACACAGACGAUGACAUCGCUAUGCAUUUCCUGAAACAUUCUGAAGGUUUUGAGAAAUAUCUGCAGUAUCUCGUUGGACAGACUGAGGCUGAGUCUGCUAUCGGCGAGAAGGACGUGCAUCAAUACUUUAAGGAUUAUACAGCCUCAGAGUUGGCGAAUGUUGACCCCUCAGAAGGUCCUGUGUUGAGUAUUGAUGCUUACCUUCAGAGGCCCCUGGAGAGAAUACAAAAAUACAGAGCUUUGCUGAAGGAUAUGAUACGGAACAAAGCGAGGAACGGUCAGAACUGCUCCUUGCUGGAGCAGGCCUACGCCAUGGUGUCAUCUCUGUCACAGCGCUCGGACAACACACAUCAUGUGUCUCUUAUCGAGAAUUACCCUGCCAAUCUGGAGGCACUGGGAGAACCCAUUAGACAGGGACCUUUUACAGUUUGGGAAGGCGCACCUGGAGUUCGCACAUCCUCUAGAGGUCAUCACCGUCACGUCUUUCUCUUCAAAAACCAUGUGGUCAUCUGCAAGCAGAAGAGAGACACAUCCACAGACACCCAGACAUACGUCUUCAAGAACAUGAUGAAGCUCACAAACAUUGAUGUAAAUGAGACUGUGGAGGGAGACGAGAGAGCGUUCGAGAUCUGGCACGAGCGAGAAGAUUCGGUGAGGAAAUACACACUUCAGGCCCGGACCGUUAUUCUGAAGAACUCCUGGCUCCGUGACCUCCGUGAUCUUCAGCAGCAAUACAGCAUGCCAACGUGGUGCCAUCCAGAUUUUGACGCAGUGCUAACAGAUUGCACAGCAGAACUCGGACAGACGGUCAAACUCGCCUGUAAGGUCACCGGCGUUCCUAAACCACAGGUCGCCUGGUAUAAAGACGGGCGUCCCGUAAAGGCGGAUCCUCAUCACAUCAUCAUCGAAGACCCGGAUGGCUCCUGCACGCUCAUCUUAGACAACAUGACGGCAGACGACUCGGGACAGUACAUGUGCUUUGCUACAAGCUCUGCGGGCAAUGCCAGCACUCUUGGAAAAAUCACUGUGCAGGUACCUCCACGUUUUGUGAAUAAGAUCAGGAACGCCACGCUCUUUCCUGGAGAAGAUGUUCAGUUCUCUUGCACCAUUCAGAGUGCACCGAGUCCCAAAAUAAGAUGGUUUAAGGAGGGUAAACUGCUGACAGAUCAAGAGAAGUAUCAGACGUACGGUGAAUCUCGCAGUGGAGUUCUGGUUCUGGUUAUCAAGAACCCUGGAGAGAGAGAUCUGGGUCACUACGACUGUGAGCUGUCAAACCGUCUGGGCAGUGCCAGGUGUGCCGCUCAGCUCGUCACUCCCGCUGUGGCGAUGGCAGGAGAACGCAGAGCGGAUCAGGCCAUCUCUAUAGAAGUGACAGAACAGGAGACAAAAAUACCAAAGAAAACCAUUAUUAUCGAGGAGACCAUCACCACCGUGGUGAAGAACACACGCAUGAAGCGUCACGCGUCCCCCCGAGCCUCCCCUAUGGGUGCUUACCGCUCGGAGACCUCCACGCCUGAACCGCCCAGACAGAGACGACCUCCGGCUAGAAAGACCGUCCCGACGCUCUACGUUCAGGAGCCCGCAGGGGCCACGGCCAGGAAUCCCAGAUGGGUAGAAGUUGAGGAGAUAAUCGAGUAUAAAGUGAACAAAUCACCUAGGUUACCAAGAAGAAGAGGCGUUUCCCCUGGCAAGCCGUCACCACCUGGCAACUCGAACACUAAUAACUCGAACAACAAGUUGGUGGAGACCGCAUCCAUGGGUGCUGUGACUUCACAAGAAGAUGCUGCACAAAAUGAGGCGGAGGUCGACAAUCUCCCCACGACGUUUGGAGAAAUCUCCGAUCUAGAUGAAGAUGAAGGAACCAUCAUCCUCGAGCCGGAAGACCAUCAGGAUGAACAAGACCGGGAUGGUGCGACUCGCGGGAGUCGAGUUCUCACUCUUGAAGACCUCGAGGACUACAUCCCUCAGGAAGGUGAAACCUUCGGCAGCGCUAUAGACCGUCAGCCAGCCGUCCAGACACCCUGCGAGAUCUCUGUCUUGCAGAGAGAAAUUAACGAACCCGUCAUUGGCAAACCCGUUCUGUUGAACGUGGGCCGUCCCGUGGCACCCGCAAAGCCUCGCAUGGGCUUCUUCAGCUCCUUUAAGGAGCACCUAACCAGCGUGUUUACUCCAAGUCCCUCAGCGAACACUGGCUCUCGGAUGAGGCGAGAGAAGACCGUACCCAUUCGCGUGACGAGGGAAACUUCAUCCGACUAUUCACGCUUCACGAGGCUUGAGGUCCAGCCGACGUACUGCUCUGAGGUCCAGAGAGGGAUGGAGGGAGGCCAGCAAAGCUUUAAAACGCAGGUUUCUGCGCAAACUCGCAGCUACGCGCCAACCGGACAAGUUACUGUGCAGAUCACACAGAGGAACCCGUUAGAAAAGCAGUAGGAGAGAAUCUAACCCAGGAGAUGUGGACGUGCAGUAGAGGGAUCGCCUCUGUCAAAUCUUGCCUGAUGCUCUGGAGGUAAACAUCAAUCGGAAGGCUUCUGCUAACAGCAGAUCGUUCCAACUCAAGGCCUUUAUAUCCAUCAAAUGUCCUGAGCGUACUUGACUUCCCGUAAGCACGACAUCAUUCAUCGACGCGAAUCUGCAAAUAUGGACAAUCCAUCCGUCCAAGUACCAGAAACUCCUUUCCUGCAGUAUCUGUAGAAAUCCCAGAGAACUGCUCAAGUCAACGAAACAAGUUUGGACUCUCACAAUAUGAUCUGAAUGUGCAAUACUCGUGAGUGUUUUUCUUUUCAACAUCUGAACAGCCAAAUGAACUUUAUUUCAAACCAAGAAGUUCGCGUAAGCGUUCUUUUGGUACCUUUUGGUGCUUUGUGUACCAAAUACAAAGACCUUGAUGAUGUCAUUGAACAUUAUUUAAAGUGACAGUUCGCCAA